CAGCGGCAACGGAUGAAGACGAAGUGAACGCUUGUGUUUGAGAGUGGUGCUGAGGUCAGUAAUGUUCAAAGUACGUGUCAAAGUCAAUAUUAUUCUAGAACUUGUUGUGGUCGCAUGAUUUACCACCUAAUAUAGAGGAAACAACUACCACUACGUGGUCCAGACAUCAUACACCAAGAACUACUACACGUAUCUAGUACAUUAAGCCGAUUUUUUGACCACAGAAAAGAAAGGAUGGACGCGAACUACUUGCUGCAGUCUGCUCAGGAGAGCGGGCAGGAGGUCGUGGAGCCAGUCUCCGUGUGGGGAGGCCGCAUGUCUGCCGGUGCCGUGUCCUUCUUCUCAGCUGAGGACAAGAGCGCCUUCAGCGUCGCUGAAGUCACUGGAUACUUCUCGGAGGCCAUGAAACUCGCUGAUCCAGCAAACUUGAAAAGCGGUGCACUCAUUAUACUGAUUGUUGCUUUUUCUUUGUCUUAUAAAAUAUAUAUAUUUUACUCUUGCCUCUCUGGUGUGGUCUCCAUGAUUCAUUUCUAUUUGAUUUCUUAAUAUUAUCGAAUAUAAUUUCCUCAUGAUACUGUUGUUAUCGAAUAUGGUUUCACAGUGUCCGUGACUCAAAUCAUGGGGAAAUAGAUGGUUCGAUUUCCGUUUCUCAGCAUGAUGGCUCAACAUGGUGCCCGAAAGAACCACAGGUCUCUCUUCUAUGCACUCGAUUGUUCGAGGUUGUUUGACAUUCUACGGCGCACUCGCAACAGCGGAAAAUACAUCACAUUUGGCUGAACUUAUGAAGUUCCGGGAUACGCAAAUGUGCGACAAAGCAGCCAGCUUGCUUUCGGGUGUUAUGUGCAGGUACGAUGCACCCCACCUUUACGUUUACGUCAGUUGUAUUUGUAAGAUGAGCUUGUCUACUUUAUUUCUAAUGCGAAACUCGUGUAACAGCUGUAGUACUAGAGACACGAGUAAGAACUACUAGUAGGAGAAGACGAAGCAGGAUAGAUUCACCUCAAGGUUGGUAUGUUAAGGUUGUUCGUCUUCUCACUGUCUCUGCAAAACCGCAGUUCUUGUAAAUAUAUAAUACGAGACUGCGACGUCACGAGCACGACUGACAGGUACCCAAACAAGUUUGCAUUUGCGCAAGUAAGAGCGUGUGCUGAAUACAAUGGUACAGAGGGUGGAAAACUCGACGUAUUGGCGAACUUGCUGAAGUGCGCUGACUGGAGGGGAGACCUCUUCGCCAUGCACCAGAUGCGCAUUAUGAGUGGCUUGAGCAGUAGCGCCGUGCCAACUCUCUACAAAUCUCUCAUGUGCGUAUGGCUCGCAAGCUUCGAUAAAGCAAGUACAAAAAUUUCUUGUUCUUAUUAAUUUACCUCUUGUGAACCUGAAUCCGUAGUGUGUGGCGUUAAUAGUUCGUUGUGUUCGAGCAGUUUCAUAUUCACACUCUUCUUGUAGAUGAAGCUUCAUCUUUUUAGAAGCGACGCUGCAGGAACACCUAGAUAUUGCGCAGCAUCUUCAAUAUGGAAAUUAUCCUACCGGCAAAAAUAUCAAUGCCUCCUCUCAGGUGUCGCCGUGCCAGUAUCUGUAAUUGGCAGUAUCAACGAUAUUUUGAAGACCGUCCGAACUGAGAAGGUCGUUAGGAUUGCGCUGAUGGCGAUUGAAAAUCUGCUCGCAAGAAAGGCCAUGUGCGAAGGUAUCAUCUAAGUACUUACCUGGUGGUAUUGUCUUCUAUACUCCGGCUACAACUGGAUGAUUGAAAUAGAUGCAGGCUGAUAACAUGACUUCGCCCGCCGAGUAUCUUUUACUGUAAAUACCUGUUCCUUCUGCAUUAUUUUUGGACCUUCAUCGCGACCACCUUCAGAAAUGGCCGAGCAAGAGACUAUGACGCUCGUCUCUGCUCUGGAGUAUGAGAAGUGGAGGGACGCGGAGCUCAUCGAGCUUAUCAAGAAACUUAUCUCAGCCUUGCAGGUCGAAGUGAAGAUGCUGACCAACUUCGAACGCUUUGAGCGCGAGGUCGUUGGUGGAAAGCUCAAAUGGGGUUUCAUCCAUUCUGAGAAGUUCUGGCUGGAGAAUGUAUCGUCUUUUUUCUCCGUCCAUUUGAUGUAUGAGAUGAAUGGCAUUCUUGACAUCGACAAUGAAUAAUAAUCAAGAAGUUCUAAUUUUCGGAUCAUCCAUGUUGCUGUUGGCAUUAAAAGCGCAGAGUUUUGUAGCACUAAUGCGAGUUCCUAAAAAUCUUCUACACAUCAGUAAAUGACAUCAACAUUUCAGGUUUUAUCAAGUUCAACAGACAGUAACACUCCAUCUUCAUCCUCAUCAUCAAGGUCCUCAAGUGCGAAGCAAACAAUUUCCGAGUCAUUGAUUUGUUAAUGGUUAUCGUCAGAAGUAGCAAGGACCCAGAGAGCCUCGCAGUUGCGUGCCACGAUCUAGGAGAAUUCGCACGACUUCACCCUGUCGGUAUUUUACUAAGUAAAUGCUGUGCCACUUGUUUUAAUAGAUGUAGAUAUUGUUUCUGCUCAGAAUCUUCGUGAUUCGGAACGCUUUCUUUGUGUUCGAGGGGAAAAGUGAUAAUUCAACACAACGUUGUCAUCAUUUUGAUGAUAGUGACAACAUUUCUACCAAAUAAAUCGAAGGUAAGCACAUCGCUACUACACGAGGAGCCAAGGACAAAAUGCUUGAACUGAUGGGCAAUGGACAGCGAGAGGUAGCCCGCGAGGCGCUCCUGUGCGUGCAGAAACUUAUGCUGCAGGGAUCCGGUCUCAGCGCUAUCACUGCGCAAUAAGUGGUAGACCGGUCGCACUCGGCGCCGGCGCGCACUGCAGAUCAUAAGGCCUCGACAUAUUUUUUUUCAGAUCACGAGUGGCAGCGGCGGUUCAGCAAAAGCAAUAUUUUUCUUCCCGAUUUUUCUUCAUCAGCAUCGCGUACCUUUCUAUUCCAGUAUCGUAAACAUUAACAUUCACAGCGUAUAUACAAAUAUCAAACAAGUAAGAGAUUCAACAUUAGGCCGUUAGUCGUGUAUGUCGUGAAGAUUUGUCGCAUUCAGGCACGCUGUGGCUGCACUCUUGGUUGAUUCAACUGAUUUUUAGGAUCACUUUACUACCUACGGAAUUUUAGACUAUGACUACAUCAAUGUCUUCGUAGUAAUAAAAGCAAAUCAUCUUCAAAUUAUACAACGACGUUUAGGCAGGAUGAAAACAUCAUGUAGUUGUGGAUGAUUGUCAAGAUGAUAGUCUUCGCUGGUCCUUUACUUGCGUCCUUCGGAGAAGAAACGGAGCCAAGGAUGGCUAUUAUCUUGCUUUUGCCACAGCUUUAUGCUGGAUCUGCGUCGAUGAACUUUUGACGUAGCGAAUGGGUUCUUAUACUUAUUGGCGAUCUUCUUGAGAUAGAUUCCUGAGCCAGUGGUCCUCGCCGCCCGCACGACGUUCUUGGAAAUGAGAAAUCCUUUAGAAAUCAGCUGCAGCGGGAAUGAAGGAAUAUGAUCGUGUGUAGAUGAUAUCAAAGCUGAUAGUGCGUUCACGAAAACGACCGGCGGUUGCUGGCUUGUUUUCAGAUUUUGGACAUAACACGUUGUACAUAACAACUUCUGGGAGAUAAACAACGCUACGAGACGGCGAUUGUUCAAAGUCAACAUAAGAAUUCAAAAAGCCGACAAUGAGGUUCUUGAAAGACUGGAG